AUGCAUGCUGGGCCGGGCAUGCCCCGAGCUCAUGAAGGAAUUAAGCCGGACAGCUUCUUCAAAGUAAAAGUCCCUGAGUUGAAAGAGAUCAUAGAGGGAUGCAUCCGCAUAAAUACAGACCAGAGGUACACCAUCCAAGACCUGCUGGAACACACCUUCUUCAAGGAGAACAAUGGCGUCCAUGUUGAGCUGGCGGAGGAGGAUGACACGGUGAAGUCUGGCCUGAAGCUGUGGCUGCGUAUGGAUGACACCAAGAAGCUGCAUGGAAAGUACAAGGACAACAACGCCAUCGAGUUCCUGUUUGAACUCUACAAGGACGUACCCGAGGAGGUGGCCCAGGAGAUGGUGGUGCUGGGCUUCGUCUGUGAGGCAGACUAUAAGCUGGUGGCCAAAGCCAUCCGGGACCGCGCCACCGCCAUCAAGAGGCAGCGGGAGAAGCAGCGCCGGAUAGCCGAGGAGGCCUUGCGCCAACAACAGGAAACUGUCAUUGAGGAAGAACCAGAGUCGGCCCCUGAGCCAGAACCGCCCACCCCCAAACCUCAAAUAGCCCUUCCCAUCAAACCGCCCAACCCCGCCCCUGUCUCGUCACCCCCUGACCAGACUCCGACCGUGUCGAGGCCGGUGAUAUCUGUGGCUAAUGGCUCGGUGGAUUCGGGGAUAAACUCCAGCUUCACAGCAGAGACGGAGGAGCAAGAGGCAGACCAGCGGCUGCACUACAACAUCAGACACGCCAGCUACUCCUCUGCCACAUCCGACUGCGACAUGGACGGCUACCUGAGCUCUUCUGGCUUCCAGGAUCCCGGGGAUUCCCCUCUCCAGCCUCCUAUUAACUCCGCCCCUUCCUCCAUCACUCCUGUUCUGUUGCCCCUGGAGAUCCCUCAUGUCGAGGCCCUGGCCAUCAAGGCUCCUCCCCCUGACGCUCCACCAAUCCCGGCUCUCCGCUUCCCCUCGAGUAUCGCUGUAUCCAACACUAUCAUGCCCCAGUCAGGAAACGCCAGUGGUUUCUCUUCUCCUGUCGACAGAACGAGAGUGGAGCAAGAGGCAUCAGAGCACUUCCUUCCCUUCAGCUAUGCCUCUGAUGUGACGUCAGGCUUGAGUGAUGGCAAUGAAGGCCUAUCAGAAAAGAGUGCCAACAAACGUACCGGUACCAAGCUCUUCAGGAGGAGAGCCCGCUCACGCUUACGAAUCACUGGGUUGUCUGACAAAGUGGACCGGGUCGUGGAGUGUCAGCUCCAGACUCACAACAGUAAGAUGGUGACCUUUAAGUUUGAUCUGGACGGAGACAACCCGGAGGACAUUGCUGCUGUCAUGGUCCACAAUGAGUUCAUCCUUCCCUCCGAGCAGGAGGGCUUCAUCUACCGCAUGCGUGACAUCAUCAAGCGUGCAGAGGCCCUGAUGAGGAGGGGCGAGCCCCUGAGUCUGGGGGACGCUGCCCACCAGCUCUACCCCUACCUCAGCGAAGUGGGCACCCUGUCCGCCUCGCAGCCGAACUUACAUGAGCAUGGACUGGAACGCACACAUUCCUCUUCAUCUUUGCCCGACUUUGCUGAGGGCAGCGUUGCUCAGCUCCGAGGCUCGUCUCCUGUGGCGCCUGUUGGAGACUUCUACAUCGACCCAAAGGCAGUCCCUUCUGUUCGUCCCCUCCGCUCUCAGUCCUUCCAGACCACGUCAAGUUCUUCCCAGACCUUCCACCCGCCUGCUUCCCAUUACCCACAGUAUUCCCACCCCGAGGCCGUACCCCCCGUGAUGCCCCUCAAUCAGCUGCCUCCCCUGCCCCAGCAGUACCCCAAGCACCCCUAUGUCCACAACACCCACUUCCCCUUCCCUUACCCUGUCACCCAGAACUCCUCAAUGCCCGCCAGCGCCCCCAACACCCCCGAGACCCUCCACCGGGUCCUAAGCAACUCCAACCUCUCCUCCUCUUCCCCAUCCCCUUCCUCCUCCCCGGCCAAGCCGGCCACCCCAGGGCAGCAGCAGAGGGGUGAAAUGUUACCUCUGAGCGGUGAGGUAGUGGGCAGUACCCCCCAGCCUACCCCUCCAGCUCAACAGCAGCAGAACCCAGGCAUGUGGCCCCCAAACAGCCACAACCAGCCCCUCUUUUCCCUGGCCAACGUGUUGUCCCUGGCAAUGAGCGUGGCCCAGUCCUUCAUGCCCCCCACUUCCAUGCCCAGCGGUCUGAACCCAGCCCAGUCUGGCUCCUACCACCCCUCCAUGUUUUGCCCUCCCCAGCUGAUGCCAGGGGAGAGCCCCUACCAACCCCAGGGCAAAAUAACAGCAGGCCAGUAUCUGGACAUGUACCAGCAGUAUGCAGACACCCAGGCUCUGCACCAACAGAGCCUGUUGAAAACCAACGUAGCCCCAGGGUCACCCCAGCCUGGCGGGCUAGUGGAUGGGACUGCUUUCAGGCAAGCUGGCUCCAGCCUCUCUCCUCCAGGAUCCAGGGCGAGUCCCCAGAUGUAUUGCCAGCUGGGGCCCAGGGUGGGGUUCCAGGAGCAGACAGACAGCUCAGCCUCCACCUCUAUCACCAGCUCCCCCUCCUCCUCAGCUCCAGACAGCCCACAGAGCACCGUGUCUUCACCCAGGCUAAGAACCUCUUCCACCCUGGUGGUGUCAGAGUCGGGAGCAAACGCUGCCAAAAACAGACUGUCACCUAUCUCCGAGGGUACUCUCUCAAGCAACAUGACUCAAUCAUUGUACAAGAAAAAGCCUACAGUUACCGUCGGCCGUUUCCAAGUCACACCCAGCAGAGAGAUCCCUGCAGCCUCCGCUAGCCCAGCCCAGGAUCCUCCCCAAACCCACCCACAACACCAAACCCCGCCCACUGUCACCGUUAGCAUCAGCCCUUCCUCCCGGGAAAGUGAAUCUGAUACCAGCACCGAGGAGCAGGGGGGCGAAUCAGAAAGCAGCAUUAGCACUGUAACCGUGUCCCUCCCCCAGCGAUCCCCCGGCAGGCCCCUGUGUAACCUAGACAUCACCCACUCCUUGCCUGGAGGCCCUAAGCAGACAGAGCAGGAGGACCAGCAGGAGAGUGAGGAGGAGCCCGACAAGGAGCCCGACAAGGAGCCCGACAAGGAGCAAAAGGAGGGAGAGGAGGAUGAGGAGGAGGAGCUGAGGAGAAGGGGGGGCCGGAGGCUGAGCCUGAGCCUGUGGGAGGGUACAGCGGGGAGCCCCCAGUUUAGCGGGAGCAACCUAAACCAGCCCUGGAUGAGCUACACACGCAGCGCCUCGUAUGUCAGCAGUGACGAGACAGAGAGCGAGAACGAGGAUAUGUGCGAGGAGCUACAGGAACUCAGGGACAGGUGAGUGGAGGAGAGGAGGCGCACCAUUUCUAUUUUUGAAGUUAAGUCUCUGAGGUUGUGAACAAACACACAGUCGAAGUACAAAACGUUAGUCCACCAAUCAAGGUCACCGGUUCCUCCCCAGUCCUCCAAAACAAAACAAACGAGUUAUGGCCACACUGUUGAUAGGAAGUAGAGGUGUGUCUUCAUCACUCUAGUUGAAUUAAAAAGACUUCAAAGAACUGUUGACAUCAACAUGUGUAAUAAGGUCAUAAGCAUUGUCAUUCAGUGGAGGCUGGUGGAAGGAGAUAUAGGGGGAUGGGCUCAUUG